AUGGCGUGCGGCAACGGCAGGGUCACAAUCCAGCUGGUGGAUGAAGAUGCAGGGACGGGAGCCUGGGACCCACAGCCCUUUCGGGGCCAGAGCUACGACGCGAUCAGAGCAGCCUGCCUGGACUCAGGGAUCCUGUUCCGCGACCCCUACUUCCCCGCUGGACCUGAUGCCCUUGGCUAUGACCGGCUGGGGCCGGACUCAGAGAAGGCCAAAGGGGUGGAAUGGAAGAGGCCCAGAGAGUUUUGUGAUGAGCCCCAGUUCAUCUGCGAGGACAUGAGCCGGACCGACGUGUGUCAGGGGAGCCUGGGGAACUGCUGGUUCCUCGCGGCCGCCGCCUCGCUCACGCUGUACCCUCGGCUCCUGUACCGGGUGGUCCCCCCUGGACAGAGCUUCCGCGAUGGCUACGCAGGCAUCUUCCACUUCCAGCUCUGGCAGUUCGGCCGCUGGGUGGACGUCGUGGUGGACGACAGGUUGCCGGUGCGCGAGGGGAAGCUGAUGUUCGUGCGCUCGGAGCAGCGGCACGAGUUCUGGGCCCCGCUCCUGGAGAAGGCCUACGCCAAGCUCCACGGCUCCUACGAGGUCAUGCGAGGCGGCCACAUGAACGAGGCUUUUGUGGACUUCACGGGCGGCGUGGGCGAGGUGCUCUACCUGCGAGGCAACACGCCCGGCCUCUUCUCCGCCCUCCGCCACGCCCUGGCCAAGGAGUCCCUGGUGGGCGCCACUGCCCUGAGUGACCGGGGCGAGUACCGCACGGAGGAGGGGCUGGUGAAGGGACACGCGUAUUCGGUCACGGGCACGCACAAGGUGUCCCUGGGCUUCACCAAGGUGCGGCUGCUGCGGCUGCGGAAUCCAUGGGGCCGCGUGGAGUGGUCCGGGGCCUGGAGUGACAGCUGCCCACGCUGGGACGCGCUGCCCCCGGAGUGGCGAGAUGCCCUGCUGGUGAAGAAGGAGGACGGGGAGUUCUGGAUGGAGCUGCAGGAUUUCCUCCAGCACUUCAACACGGUCCAGAUCUGCUCCCUGAGCCCGGAGGUGCUGGGCCCCAGCCCGGCGGGGGGCGGCUGGCACAUCCACACCUUCCAGGGCCGCUGGGUGCGCGGCUUCAACUCCGGCGGGAGCCAGCCCAGCGCUGAAACCUUCUGGACCAAUCCCCAGUUCCGCCUUACGCUGCUGGAGCCAGACGAGGAGGAGGACGACGACGACGACGAUGAAGGGGGGCCCUGGGGAGGCUGGGGGGCAGCAGGGGCGAGGGGCCCUGCGAGGGGGGGUCGUACCCCCAAAUGCACAGUCCUCUUGUCGCUCAUCCAGCGUAACCGGCGGUGCCUGAGGGCCAAGGGCCUCACCUACCUCACUGUUGGCUUCCACGUGUUCCAGGUGAGGCCCGGGGAGGGGGCAGGGACGCGGGACUCGCCGCGCAGCCGCGAGCUCCUGUCCCGGCUGCUGCGCGCCGACCGCUCCGUCUUCUGCGCCCGCCGCGACGUGAGCCGCCGCUGUCGCCUGCGCCCCGGCCACUACCUGGUGGUGCCCAGCGCCUCCCGCGUCGGCGACGAGGCCGACUUCACGCUGCGCAUUUUUUCUGAGCGCAGCCACACGGCGGUGGAGAUCGAUGACGUGAUCAGCGCUGACCUGCAGACCCUCAUGGUCCCCUCCAAGCCCCUGGAGCUGGAGUUGGUGCGGCUGUUUCUGGAACUGGCUGGGGAGGAGGAAGAACUCAAUGCCUGUCAGCUCCAGACCCUACUGAGUAUUGCCCUGGAGCCAGCCCGAGCCAACACUAGGAACCCCGGGGAGAUCGGGCUCAGGACCUGUGAGCAGCUGCUGCAGUGUUUUGGGCACGGGCAGAGCCUGGCCCUGCACCACUUCCAGCGGCUCUGGGGCCACCUGCUGAUGUGGCAGGCCACAUUUGACAAGUUUGAUGAGGACACCUCUGGGACCAUGAAUUCCUAUGAGCUGCGGCUGGCACUGAACGCUGCAGGCUUCCACCUGAACAACCAGCUGACCCAGGCCCUCACCAGCCGUUACCGGGACAGCCGGCUGCGUGUAGACUUCGAGCGCUUCGUGUCUUGCGCGGCCCAGCUCACCUGCAUCUUCUGCCACUGCAGCCAGCACCUGCAUGGGGGUGAGGGGGUCGUCUGCUUGACCCACAGACAGUGGACAGAGGUGGCCACCUUCUCCUAGGACGUUUAGGCCAGUGCCUGCUGCCCAGCCGACUCACUGACCGGCCGCCUCUCUGUGCUCCGCUCUCCCUGGGUCAGCAGCGGCACUUCCUGUGCUGCCGCCGCCUGCGUUAGUCCCUGCUCCAUUUAGACCGGAGGGGCCCACGGCGCCUUUGAUUUUACACAGGGCGGGAGUGGGGUCUCCGGGCUCACACGGGCUCCCGAGGCAGAGAAUGGACGGCAGAGAAAGAGAGGACACUGUAGGGCUCCUUCUUAAAAAUAUUACAUGUUUUAUUAUCCUGUCCCCAGAAGGGUGGUUUAUCCAGAAACCGAGAAAAAAAAUCAAUCAGAAUAAACUCAGAAGUGGGGAGGGGGAGGCAAAACCAUCAACUACCAGGCAGCCAGGCCAGCAGCCCACCCCCACCUCAGGAGGUCCCGAGACCCUGCCCAACACACACGAGGACGACAACAGGAAGGGGCCGGGCGGGCAGUACAUCAGCUAUGUCUUCAUUAGGAGAGCAAGAGGCGGCAGAGAUAUGUUGCUAGGUGAAUAUAUAUUUAUAUAAUAAAUCCGUAAGUUAAUAAAGUAAAUAGUAAUCUUCUGAAAGUUUUUAAUUUUUGUAGUUUUUUAAAAUUUUUUUGUGGCUUUUUUGUUUUUGUUGUUGUUUUUUUGUAUUUUUGUUGUUUUGUUUUGGUCCUUAGAAAAUGAGACGGCAAGUCCAAACAAAGCAAGGCCAGGGCUGCCUGGGGCGAGGGCCCAACCUGCCUGCACACCUCCUCUGCGGCACUGGGGGUGCUGGGUGGUGCACCUCAGCUCCUGGCACUCACAGAUGCCACCGCCAGGGAGGCGGGGGAAGGGAGCGGGUUGGCCCAGUGGGUAGCUCUGGCGCCCUCUGCUGGACCCCUCGCAGGGCAGGGUGGUUCCUGGACAAGGCACAUGGGGCUUUGGCCUGGAUGUGGGAGGCCUGGAAGGGACCUCAAGGGCAAAGGGAAGGACCCGGGUGGAGGGGCAUCCCCAGGGCACAGAGGGGACUGCCUUCCUAUGGGGAUCCGCUGUCUCCACAUAGGUAAAAAAAAAAAAA